AUGGCGCCAAGAAGAGCUACGGAUACCUCAGAGUGCCCUGAAGACUCUCAGAGUGCAGAUAAGUGUCUGCAGUGCACACGACAAGCAUCGCUGCCAGUCCUCUUGGAGGAGAACAAGAGACAGGAGACACAUAAGAAUAAGAGACUAGAGACACAAGAGAAUAAGAGACUAGAGACACAAGAGAAUAAGAGACUAGAGACACAAGAGAAUAAGAGACUAGAGACACAAGAGAAUAAGAGACUAGAGACACAAGAGAAUAAGAGACUAGAGACACAAGAGAAUAAGGGACAGGAGACACAAGAGAAUAAGAGACUAGAGACACAAGAGAAUAAGGGACAGGAGACACAAGAGAAUAAGAGACUAGAGACACAAGAGAAUAAGAGACUAGAGACACAAGAGAAUAAGGGACAGGAGACACAAGAGAAUAAAAGACAGGAGACACAAGAGAAUAAGGGUCAGGAAAGAUGCAAACAGUGGAAGCGAAGAAACACAAGUAGAUGGAGAGAAAUUGAUUAA